AUGCACUCACACCGGAGCAUAACACGAAGCAUGCCCCUUUCCGCGAAAUUCUCCCACACCCAUUCCCAUCACCGCAUUCCCCCUUCCCCAUUCCGACCUCUCGGUCCCGCAUUCCCCCAUCCGCAUCCGCCUUCCCCCUUCCCCAUUCCCCCAACCGCAUUCCCCCUUCCCCAUUUUCCCAUCCAAAUUCUCCCUUCCGCCUUUCCCCAUCCGCAUUCCCCCUUCCGCAUCCCCCCAUCCCCAUUCCCCCUUCCGCGUUCCCCCUUCCGCUUUCCCCUUCCGCGUUCCCCCUUCCGUAUUCCCCCUACCGCAUUCCCCCAUCCGCAUUCCCCCUUCCCCAUCCCCCCUUCCGAAUUCUCCCUUUCGCAUUCCCCCACCCGCAUUCCCUCCAUCCGCAUUCCCCCUUCCGCGUUCCCCCUUCCGCAUACCCCCUUUCGCAUUCCCCCUUCCCCUUUCCCCCCUUCCGCAUUCCCCCUUCCCCUUUCCCCCUUCCGCAUUCCCCCUUCCGCCUUCCCCCUUCCGCGACGCCCCCCCACGCGUUCCCUCGCAAACGUUCCCCCUUCAGUAUUCCCCCUUCCGCGUUCCCCCUUCCGUAUUCCCCCUACCGCAUUCCCCCAUCCGCGUUCCCCCUUCCCCAUCCCCCCUUCCGCCUUCCCCCAUCAGCAUUCCCCCUUCCGCAUUCCCCCCAUCCGCAUUCCCCCUUCCGCGUUCCCCCUUCCGCUUUCCCCCUUCCGCGCUCACCCUUCCGUAUUCCCCCUACCGCAUUCCCCCAUCCGCAUUCCCCCUUCCGCAUUCCCCCUUCCGCCUUCCCCCUUCCGCGACGCCCCCCCACGCGUUCCCUCGCAAACGUUCCCCCUUCAGUAUUCCCCCUUCCGCGUUCCCCCUUCCGUAUUCCCCCUACCGCAUUCCCCCAUCCGCGUUCCCCCUUCCCCAUCCCCCCUUCCGCCUUCCCCCAUCAGCAUUCCCCCUUCCGCAUUCCCCCCAUCCGCAUUCCCCCUUCCGCGUUCCCCCUUCCGCUUUCCCCCUUCCGCGCUCCCCCUUCCGUAUUCCCCCUACCGCAUUCCCCCAUCCGCAUUCCCCCUUCCGCAUUCCCCCUUCCGCCUUCCCCCUUCCGCGACGCCCCCCCACGCGUUCCCUCGCAAGCGUUCCCCCUUCCGUAUUCCCCCUUCCGCGUUCCCCCUUCCAUAUGCGCCCUUCCGCGUUCCCCCAUCCGCAUCCCCCCUACCGCAUCCCCCCUUCCGCAUUCCUCUUCGGCAUUCCCCAUUCCGCCUUCCCCCUUCCGCCUUCCCCCUUCCCCGUUCCCCCUUCCGCCUUCCCCGUUCCGCGUUCCCCGUUCCCCCCCUUCCUUAUUCCCCCUUCCUCAUUCCCCCUUCCGCAUUCCCCCUUCCCCAUCCCCCCUUGCGCAUCCCUCGUUCACCCUUCCGCAUUCCCCCUUCCUCAUUCACCCUUCCUCAUUCCCCCUUCCGCAUUCCCCCUCCUGCAUUCCCCCAUUUCCCCCCCAUGCCUCAUAGGGCCCCCCAUUCCAUCCCCAUGUUUCCCCCCUGUAGGCCCCAUGUCUCUCACUGUCCUCACCACCUGUCUGCUCGUGCAUGUCUCUUCACCCUCCUCACCUUUUUUUUCUCCCUGUCUUUGCCUCUCUUUUCCCUUCUCCCAACCUACCCACCCCCCUCCCUGUCCUGCUCCCAGCUGCUAUCGGCCAAGCUAGCAGCAAUAGAGCAGGACAUGGUGGAGAUUGCAUGUUCGGAGAUACCUGCCUCCUUUGUGCGGAACACAUGGGAGCAACGGGUGGGUUGCUAG